AUGCGCUCGGCAUUUGUGGUGGCCGCCGCUGCGGCGCUGGCCGUGGCCGCGCCGACGGCACACGAAGAUCCCGCGCGAGUGAGAAGGGCGAAACCGGAGCAGAUCCGCUCCGUGUCGGAUCCCAUCUACCACUACUAUCUGCAGCGGUACCCGAAAGACCCCACCAUUGCCGUCAUGGGGCCUGUGGCCACGAGCGAGUACUUCAACAUCGGCGGCUCGAUCCAGAGCACCAACUCGAGCGCGUUCCUGAACAUCGGCGCCGACACCACCAGCUACAAGACGCUGACGUUCGGCACCGCGGCCAGCACGACGGCCUGGGCCCUCGAGGGCGACACCAUCAUCACGGGCACGAGCAGCUCGUGGGGGAGGCAAGACAUGGUGAGGCGCCUCGCUGACUUGGCCUGGGCGCAUCUCAGAACUCAACUUCCUGGCCUGCCAGCUCGAUGGCAGCUACUGGCAGGUCUACCUACAGACCGGCAGCGCCACGCCGAGCGGCAAGACGUGUAG